AUGAGGGUAGACUUACGCGAAAACACGACCAUCAGCCUUUUCCUCAAUCCUGAGGUCAUCCAGACACUGAGCAAAAAGGAUGACCCUUGCAUCCACGAUGAUAAUCAUAGCUACAUGAGAUGCAUGGAGAAUUGCUUCUGGAUGAGAUUCCAGUCAAAUCCAAAUGUAUCCUGCAUCAUCCCUUCUCUGAUGACUGAGGAAGUCAAUUUGAUGAAACCAGCGUGUGGAAAUAGAGAGGACGAACAUAACUUCUUGAUGCGUCUAGUGGUAGCCCAGAGCAUUGAUGUUCCUCGAAUGCGUCCGACUGAUUGUAAUUGUCCGAAGAGAUGCAACGUGAUCGACUAUCGCAUCUCUGCCGAUCCCAAUCCGACCUGUCAACUGGAAAUGGGGGAUGCCAAUAUCGGAGGCGCAACCAUAUACAUCAACUUCCCAUCGAAGCGGAUCCCUUAUAUCCUGGAGAAGGAGAAGGUGACUCUGCAGGAUCUGUUGUCCAACAUCGGAGGAAUCGUCGGUGUCUGCCUCGGAAUUUCCCUCAUCACCAUCUUCGACAUCAUCGAUCAGAUUUGCUACAGCGUUCGCAGCAAAAUAUUAUCGAGGCGAAAUCGGAUCAUCAAAGAUGACGAGCACUGACUGGGUCAAGG